AUGUUAGCUAGUAGCAAACCAAAAGGAAAAAUUUAAUAGGCAGCCAUGAUACCUUUAAAAAUUUCAUGCCCUCCUUAAUGUGUUUGCGGUUCAAUUGAAGUUAGAGGUUGGUAUGAUGAAACUUGUGGAGAACCUUUAUUCAUCACUCAAUCAGGGGAUAUAAUCUGUCAACAUCACAUAGGGUGUAAAGGACAAUUCAUAAAGGAUUUUAGAUUUUAAUGUUAAUAGGCAAAAGAAUCUAACACCUCUUAUUAGUUUAAAAGGGCAUCGCAAGCUUUGAUGGCAUUAGCAUAAGGUAUGCUUGCAUCAGAAGUUAAUUUUAUUGGUAUUGAAUAGAUAUAAUUUAAUGAAACUUUAAAUAGAGAAUUAUUUUAGAGAUGGAAUAAUUGA